AUGCUGGGCUACUUCAAAUCCCCCGAAUUUCAGCGUGUGGUGCUGCUCCUAGGAAUGACCCUGACGCACAGCACAUGGCGAAAGUUGAUCAACCAGGAGAUCCCCCAGCCGUAUCUAGACGAGGUGUUCCAUGUCCCCCAAUCCCAGGCAUUCUACACAGGGGACUGGAGGACCUGGGAUUCCAAGAUCACCACGCCACCAGGCCUCUACGUCUUUGCCUACUACAUCAACUCAUUCCGCAACUAUAUGGAUCCGACCAUGGACAUGGCGCCACCAGAUGAAUGGCGCUACAUCAAUGCCGUGCUCUAUUAUCUCUUGUUGAUCGCCCUCUAUGUCUUGGCCGCUGUCGGCACACGCUCCGUCCAAGCCGACCGUGUUCUGCAGCGCGAGUUCGCCAUUGUCAUGUUCCCCCUCUUAUUCUUCUUCUCGGGUCUCUUCUAUACCGAUCUGUUGGGCGUCUUCGCCGUUGUUGUCACCCAAGUGGUUUGGACUGCCGCCAGUGGCAUUUCGCGCCAAAAUGGCAAUCGAUGGCCCCGUCACAUCUUGAUGCUCUUGCACGUCCUGCUGGGUUUGCUCGCCUUGUCUGCCCGACAAACUAACAUCUUCUGGGUCUCGAUCUAUCUCGCCGGCCUGCAAGUGGUCGAGACAAUCAAGGACAGGACGGGAGUGGACAAGAUCCACGAUCCGCCUAUUGCUCAGGCUUCGGUGCAAGACUUCUUCACCACAACCAUGUCGCUUGCUCGAUCUGCGGCACCCAUCAUACCUCAGAUCCUAGUCGACAUCUGGCCGCAACUGGUCCUUUUGGCGUCAUUUGCUGGCUUUGUCUUUUGGAAUGGUGGUGUCGUUCUUGGCGACAAGACCAACCACAUCGCAACCAUCCAUCUCUCACAGAUGUUGUACAUUUGGCCGUUAAUCGUGUUCUUCUCCUGGCCCGUCAUGUUACCUUUGUUUACCGACGUCUCCAGUCUCCGUCGCCGCCUACCUCGAUUCACCACCAUCGUAGCAUUCACAGUCCUUGGCUUGCUCGUCGUCCACUUUAAUACCCUUGUUCAUCCAUUUACCCUCGCCGACAACCGUCACUACACCUUCUAUGUCUUUCGCAUGCUUCGGAGACACUGGAUCAUCAAGUAUGUCACUGUUCCAAUCUAUGUGGCAUGUGGAUGGCUCGUUAUCGCCGCCUUGGGUGGUCCUCCUGAGCCAGAACCGGACAAGAAGACAAUCCGAAUCCUUCAUAGCAUCGACACUGCUAGUGUAAGUACCACUCUCGUAUGGCUGACCGCCACCGCCUUGUCCUUGGUCACGGCUCCUUUGGUGGAGCCGAGGUAUUUUAUUGUCCCCUGGCUGCUUUGGCGACUGUCAGUUCCUGAAUAUGUUGCCAAGUCAGCAUUACAAAGGAAGAUUGAGGAGUUGGACAGCAAUGGUGAUCCCAAGCAUGCAGCAGACCCGACUUGGAUCGGUGGUCUGUUGAGAUUCCUCGCAGGUGCCUCGCCAUAUCUGGAGCUUACUUGCAAUCCCAAGCAAAAGAGAAUGGUCAGCAUCAUCACGAACCCAACCAUUCCAUUGAUCAACAUGCUACAAAGAAUGGCUCGAGGGAUGUUGACUGCCGCAUGUUCUGUUUCCUCUGCCAUGAGUCAUGCAGCGGACUAA